AUGAAGGCAUCUAAUAUCAUUCAAGCCUUGAUAGUUUUGGCUUUUCAAGCGCAGACUUCCAUGACCGCGGCAGUGACAACUUCCGUGGAAGACAAUGCUCUUCUAGUUGGAGGAUGCGCUGGAGUCGCUCAGGAACUUCAAUUACAAUGUUACAAAGAUCAAUGCCCUCAACCAACAAAUGGACUACUCGGGUCCUCUUGUGCCUCUUAUCCUCCUGCAAAUCAGCUCGCAUGCUACAAGUCAAAAUGUCCCGAAUUAGCCGCUCAAGUCACAACUAGUCAAGCUCUUAUUCAACAAACUUCGCCGCCUCUCAUCGGUGGAUGUCGUGGGGUCGCACCUCAAUAUCAACUACAGUGUUAUAAGGAGAAUUGUCGCGAACCUGCUGGUCCUCCUGGAUCAUCAUGUGCUUCUUACCCACCAGAUUAUCAGCUAGCGUGUUACAAAUCAAAAUGCGAUCCAAAGCCCGAAGCGGUAACAUCUGUUGAAGUAGCACUUGAAUCUCCCGUGGGUGCCAGUUCAGGACAAGAUUGUCAAGGGGUAGCACCUGAGUAUGAGCUAGAAUGCUUUUACCGGAAUUGUCCUAUGUCCGGCCCUCCUGGAUUCUCAUGCGCCUCACUGCCUCAACAAUAUCAAAUCGAUUGUUACAAAAAACGCUACCAUGAAGUCUACACUUCUCUUGCAUCAGAACCAGCUCUACAAACGCCAAAUUCAGUUUAAAAUACUCCCAGCCCUGCUCAACAAACACCUAAUACUGCCCAGCAGAGUCCUGGAGCAGAUGGAGGCUGUAUCAGCGUAGCCCCUGAAAACCAGCUCCAAUGUUACCGUGAUAAUUGUCCAAUGUCGGGUCCUAUUGGUUAUUCGUGUGGUACUUUACCACUGGACUAUCAACUACAAUGCUAUAAAGCACAUUGCGAUGAUGAACUCUUUAUUGAAGCUGAGCUUCCUGUACUUCAAACUCUAGGGGGUGGAUGUGAAACCGGAGCCCUAGAAAAUCAGGAAGGGUGCUUCCAAAAAGAAUGUUUUAAACUAUUCUGCGCUUCGCUCCCGGUCCAGUACCAACUUCAAUGUUAUAGACAACAUUGUAGCAUCCCGGAUUUAUCUGCGUUGGUCAACAGACUUGGAAAUAGUUUGGGUGGGAAAUUAGAUGGUUCGAGUACUUCUGGUAGCUCGGAUGAUGAUGGGGUCAAUGGUCCAGAUGGCAAGGAAGGAUUAUUUUCAGAGGGUCCUUGA